AUGGCCAAUUAUGAAAGCCGAGUUGUCAAUGUCUCGCAGUGCAUUUGGGAUGAGGGCGUGGAAGAGAACAUCGUCACUAUUUAUGCGAGCUCAGGCACCAACACCGACGAGUCUUCAUCCCCCAGAAACAAAAGUCCAAUGUCGUCCUCUUCCCAUGAUUCCAAUGACUCUUCUCUCAGCACCAGUGCCAUCGCCGGCAUUGCAAUCGGUGCAGUGGUUGCUGUUGCAUUGAUCGCCUUAGCUAUUUUCUUCUUUCUUCACCGGCGGAAGCAGAAUGCUGGCAAUGAAGUUGAACCUAGCAAUCUUCUGUCUUCCGCGUCUCAGAGUGUCUCAGUACUUGGUUCUAAGGAUGCAGAAGGAAAUGUGCUUGGUAAGGAAAGAACCUUCCGAAGUGUGACACUUUUGGAGCUCUAA